AUGGCAAAAACGAAGAAAAGUCAAAAGAAACCCGUGUCCCAAGUGCGCAAGUCAGCUUUACGGAAGCCUAGUAGCAAAGUGUCCAGCGACACCAAGCUGCUUGUCCCCAAGAGCAACUCGCAGAAGGUGGAAGAUGCCAACUUGCUUCAGGCCGAGGUUUUUGAGCGAGCAAAGAGUGCCAAUGCUUUGGCCACUUCCAGUGUGAAAGAGAAGAAAGAUAAGAAAGGCAACAAAGAGAAAAGCAAGAAGGAGAAGAAAGAUCACAAAGAGGUAGAGGCAACGGAGGAAAAGGACAAGAAGCAGCAGAAGAAGCUUAAGGACAAGAAGGAUAAGGAGAAGAAGUCUAAGGACAAGACUACAGACCAGAAGCCUUUGGAGAAGAGAACAAAGGGCGAGAGUGCUACAGACCAGAGGUCUAAGGAUGAAAAGUCUGCUGACAAGAAGAAAGGAGAGAAGAAGGAAGGAAAAGAGCGGAAGAAGCCAGGUGAUAGCACCAAGGCCACAAAAGCAGGUAACAAGUCGAAGGAGAAUGCUGAGGCAUUGGAGGCUGCCGAAAAGACAAAAGAGAAGGAGGAAAAGGAAAGGGCUUUAGCACUCGAGUUAAAGAAGGCAAGUGUGCCAGGACCCGCACCCACAACGCCACCUGCAAAGAGGCUUCGCAUGAAAUCUCCCACUGAAAGCACUGCCAGUGGCUCUUCCAGUGUCCAUACUGAUGCCACCUCCACUCGCUACCAGUCCACCAAGGAUAUGGCCGAGGCCCACUUCGCGAAGUUGAGGCGUGGCUUGAGUGCAGCAGUGAAAGAGGCUGAGGAAAAUGCCCACUUGGACUGUGCUGGCAUGAGCAUGGAAGGUUUGCUUGAAGAACUACGUGCAGAAAAAAAGGAAACCAACGAUGAGGGCAAUGAAGCUGCAGAGGAAGGAGCAGAUGAAGCACAGGAGGACGAGGAAGGCGAAGAAGAAGAAGAAGCAGAGGUUGAUGAGGAAGAAGAAGAAGAAGAAGCAGAGGAGGGUGAUGAUAAUGAUGAUGAUGAGGCUCAGGAGGAUGGAGACAUGAGUGAUGGUGGUGAUUCGAAUGAUGACUCGGUUUUUGAGGGUACUGAAGAUGAGGCGGCCUCUGAUCCAAGCUCCAGUGAAGAUGAUGGAGAAGAAGAAGGCAGAAAGGCUGAGGAGAAGAGCAAAGAAAAUGAAGACCAGAAAGCCAAAGAUGAAGCCAAAGAUGAAGCCUUGCAGAUCGCAAUUGCCAACACCACCAGAAACAGCAAGACCAAUAAACGCGAGUGGGACCGCUUCGACCGACAGACGAAGGGAGGCCAAUUCCCGACAGGACUUCAACCUCUUCUUCGUAAAAAGAAGACGGACUUGUUUGGGCUAUGGUUGGAUUUCGGUGAGGAUUGGGAUCGGGUCCAAUGUGAAGUAGAAAGGAGAGCUGAGAGCACAAACUUGGCUAGGUCCGAGUGGGUUGCCGUACAGGCCAAAACACUCAAAGCGGGGAUGGAGCAGUCAAAGUUUGAUGAACUUAUCAAGAAGCGAAUCGAUGCAGGUCUCUACUACCAGGAUUUGGACUUCCCGUCUGAUCCCAUGGAGAACUGGAUCUACAUGCCCAAAGGUCGUCUCUUGAGGCAGGAUGAGUUGGUAUCCGAGAGUGUGUCAACAAAGGCUACAAAGAAACUUGAUCAGGGGCUGUUCAAUGCCCUGACAGCUGAAGAGGGAGGCAUCCUCCCGGCUGGUGCCUUGCCUGCGGUGAAGGCUGCAUCAGAGGCUGGCCAGCGUGCAGUCUUGAGUGCCUUGGAUGAUGAUGGAAAGCAGGUGAUGAAACCCAAGCGGCAGCAAAGGGCCAAGCCAGGCAGUCUCCAAGUUUCCCAUUGCAGCAUGAGCCAUCCAGCGAUGCCCGGGCAUGCCAAAGAGCUUCUACAACCAGUCCUGGACGAGGCUACCAAGGCCCGUCAAAAGAGCAUCCAGCUCAGGGGGAUGCAAUUCGCGGAUGAGUUGGCUCACCAGUUACUCAAACAUGGGAAUGGGAUGGAAACUCUUUACACCGAGCUAAAGAACAACGUGGAGAUGAAUUCGCCUGAUGAGUCAAAGAUCAAAUGCACCCUUGGGAAGAUCGAAACUAUGCAGAACUGGUACAAGAAAGCAGAGGUAGAACGAGACGAGGAUCCUCAGAUCGUGGAUGCAUCUGUGCUGCUACCUCAUGAGGUAUUUGGUGCUUUGCAUAGCAUGGGGGAACACAAGGUCCGACAAGGAGUCAACAAGACCCUAGCGGAUGUGGUGGCAUGGAGUCUAAGCUGGGCUUCGCGAGGCAUCUACCCCAGCCGUGGUUUUUAUGGCGAAAGGUUUGACAGCAACAUGUACAGGUCUAGCUUGUCUGGAAAACAGAUUGCAGGUGGCUACAAGUUGGUGUACAUGACUUUCAAGGCCGACUUGAAAGCCCGGAUGCAAUGCCAUAGGCAUCAGUCGCCAUGGUGUGCAGUGCCGGGUUUUCAGUUUGAAACCAUGUCCUUUGACAUGAUGCAUUUGGUUUACUUGGGCAUAGCCAAAAACCACAUCCCAUCUUGCCUCAAAAUCUUGAAGCUUUACGGGUACCACUAUGAAGGAGGGGAGUCUGAUGAAAAGUUCCUCAAGCGAGUUAGCAUGGAAAUGAAACAAGACUGCAAGGACAACCUUGUCCUCCAGCUGCUGAACCUCUGCUGCCACUCCUUGGCCAAAGCGCAGGCUUUGAUGGAUGAUGCUGGUUUAAUCUUGAACCCAGACGAAGCCAGUGAAAUUUCACGGAUGCUGCACCAACACCUUCGGUCAACUGAAUUCUUGGCGUCGUGGUGUUGGAGUAAUUCAGUUAUGGCCUUCAAAAUGAGGCCAAAGCACCACUACCUGUGGCAUGUUGCCAUGGAUGUGUUGACUACAAGGGUGAACCCACGAAUUCACCACGUAUGGUCAGAUGAAAAGUUUUUAGGUUCCAUAAAAAAAACAGCGUGCCGUUGCCACGGCAGUACGGUCCAAAAAAGGACUAUAGAGCGGUACCUAGUUGCCCUCUCAGGCUACAUGGCCAAAAUGGUUUAA